GUCCUGAAUGACCUUCCGAUAAAGAAUUCAGAAUAGGAUUACAAUUUAAAAUUUUGGCGUCUGCAGCGAACUGUCUGCAUGUGCAUUCCCAUUAAAGUCUAAUCUGAGUAACUCCACCCUUCCUGUCUGCUCCACUGCGGCGGUUUUCAGCUUUCGGGAAGAGCAGGAGGAUCCGCGACUCAGUUCUGCGCUCAUACUGCUUUUGCAGCUGCUUGGGCAGCGGGGGGAGGCGCAGCUGUUCAUAGAACAGCCAGGCCGAGGAGUCAGUCACAUUCUUGGCUGGGAUUCAAUGACUCAACCAGACACAAACAAAUAGAGAGAGAGUUGAACUGUGCACCAAACGUUUUUAUACCAGGUACUUAGUGCCGUCCUGUUUUUCCACUGGAAUAAGAUUUCGUUGUCGAAGUGAAUGCUUUUUUUGGUCCCGGUUUCAGUACGCGGUGGGACUACUUAUUGUUUUAAUAUGAAGCAGUCGCUGGAAAGGGAAAAAUUUACCGACUCCGUGGCGCUUUUAGCUUUUGAAAGUGACACGAAGCUCCAGACUUCCUACAGACUUUUCUGAAUAUUUCCGUUGAGCUUCGUUGGCGUUUUUGUUUGAACUGAUAGGAAAAGUUUGAGCUUUUUUUUUUUUCCUUCUGUACUAGCGCUCACAACAAUAGAGAACAUGGAGGCAUUGUCAAGCUUCCGACCUCAUGCGGGACUUCAGCAAACUCUAAAGCAGUUCCACUUGAGCUCUAUGAGCUCGCUCGGCGGCCCGGCGGCUUUUUCGGCUCGCUGGCAGCACGACACGCCUUUCGACAAGCAGGGGAAGAAGAACACAGACCUGCCGCUGUUGCCUAGUCUGAGGAUCCAGGCGCCGUCGGUCCUGCCCGGGCCGCUGCUCGUCGCUGCGGAUCGCUCCACGGAGCGCUGCGAGACCGUGCUGGAGCGAGAGACCAUUUCGUGCUUCGUGGUGGGCGGCGAGAAGCGCCUGUGUUUGCCGCAGAUCCUGAACAGCGUGCUGCGAGACUUCAGCCUUCAGCAAAUCAACGCUGUUUGCGAUGAGCUGCACAUCUACUGCUCGAGGUGCACGGCUGAGCAACUAGAGAUUCUGAAAAUCAUGGGCAUCUUGCCUUUCUCGGCACCUUCGUGCGGACUCAUUACGCAAACAGACGCCGAGCGCCUGUGCAACUCCUUACUGCACGGCGGUGCACUACCACCGCGCCCCGACAAGGAGCUCGCGUGUUCCUCCUCCUCCUCCACCACCGAGCUCGAGUACACCGACCGGGCCUUUAAGGUGUACCACGAGUGUUUCGGCAAGUGCAAGGGUCUGUUCAUGCCCGAGCUGUACACAAGUCCGCACGCGGCGUGUAUUCAGUGCCUGGACUGCAGACUCAUAUUCCCCACGCAAAAGUUCGUGGUGCACAGCCAUAAGCGCUUGGAGAACCGGACAUGCCAUUGGGGUUUCGACUCCUCCAACUGGAGGGCCUACAUCCUUUUGGAUCAAGAUUACGCUGAGAAAGAGGAGAAGGCCACACUGCAGCAGUUUCUCAACGAAUUAAAGGGGAAAUAUGACCUCGGGAACAAGCACAAGAGCUUAUCUUUCAGGGAAUAUAGUCCCAUUCCAAACAAGAAGUCCAAACAGGAGCCUUCAUGUUCCCCAUCCGAUGACAAAGAAAAGCAAGUGGAAUGGUUACAGUGUCUGGCAACAUCUGCAAACAAGGAUCUCAAGCAGCUUCAGAUCAAGCAGAGGCCAUCGGCAUUUCGGCCAUGGUCUCCUAGAGUCCCAUCCACUGAGAGAGCAGCUCCCCAUCACAAGCAUGAGAAAUCACUACCCAAAAAUCCAGAGAGCUUGGCAUCAUCCCCAGUCACUACGCAGAAGAACAAGCAGCCAGAGCAGUCUGGUGCAGGAGGCUCCCAGCCUGGCUAUAACCCCAAGUCAAGGCCAGCCAAGUGCUGGCCAUCUGGCGAGGACCAUGCGCAGCCUGCAUCCUGCCUUGCUAAUCCCCCACAGUAUGACUCCAACUCAGAAGCAGAGAUCGAGGUAGACAACUUUGAUGAGGUGCCUUGCGGCCACACUUUUACUAAUGGAGUGGUUAUGGAGCGGUAUGAGGGCAGGCACAGACGUACAGCUGCCCCUGGCUCAGAACUUGAAGCAGUGCAGCAGAUGCUGUACAGCAACCUGAGCUCUAGAGAGGCCAGAGAGAAGUUCCUGCAGGAGAUUGUGCAUAUGCAAGUUGAACAAGAAGAAAAGCUUAUAGCAGCUUUGCAGGCCAAGCAUAGCCUUCAGCAGGAACUGGAGUUUUUACGGGUGAGUAAGAAGGGGCGGUUGCGGGAGGCCAUUGAGGCUAAGCGUAACCUGCGAAAGGAGCUUGAGCGGCUGCGCGCAGAAUGCGAGAGAAAGGUGCAUGAUGCCAAUGAGUCGUGUGGAAGACUGAAAAGGGAGCUGGAGCAUGAGCGGCAGAUGCACGUGUGUGACAAGGGCUGUGAGCAAAGCCAGCUGAGGGCCAAGUACUCUACCCAGAUAGAAGAGCUCCAGGUGAAGCUACAGCAAGCCGAGGCUGAUCGCGAUCAGCUGCGAGAGGAGCUGCUGCAAGAGCGUGAAGCUCGGCAAAGUCUGGAGCAAGUGGUGCUCCAGCUCCAGCAGCAGCUUGGCCAAAGCAACCAGAAACAAGGCCACCUUAGCCAACAGCAAUCGUAGCAAUCUGGAAGGACAUUGCAGAGUCGGAGGACACUUUGGAAAACAGCAUUACAGGAUUGCAUUACAGGUAUAUUUUUGGAGGCCUCAUUUUGAGAACAUGAGCAUGUGGUGGGGGAAAGAUUUAUGGGAGCAAGAUAUCUAAAUAUAUAUUAGCUAUACAUUUAUAGACAAUUGUGGCGAAGAUAUGAGUGGUGUGUGAACAUCAUUCACAAAGCUGGUCCCACUUACACAAAGCCCUGAUCUUAACCAUGAUGACAGUCCACAUGCUCUCAAAUCAGUGAAGAGGACACUCUAAGAAGGCAGCAUCAUAUGGGACUAAUACCCUCUCAGUUAGCUUCUUAAGCUAAUCCAUUGAAUUUAUAAUGUUAUAAGCUAUUUAACAAAGAUACUUGAAAAUAUAGUGAAAAUCGCUGCCAGGGAAAAAAGGAGAUUUUUCUGGUAGUGAGAUUACAGUAGCAGAUAGAUGACCUGAUCUAUAAAAAGGCAAAAAGCCAUUACAAAGCCAGAUUAUACACGAGACACACAUCACUACAUCUUAUGUUUAUGAUGCUUGUUUUUAUGUUCCAUUUUGUUUUAUCCAAAUAAUUUGCAUAAGCAACAGUGCUAUGUAAGUCAUGGGUGGGCUUUCAUAUAAACAUGAGUAGUUUCUCUCCCUCUCUCUCUCGCGCUCUUUAUAUUUUUUGAAUAUCUUUCAGUAUAUUUAAAACCCCUAUACUAUUAUUUUACAAAUUUAUUUUUGUCAACUCAUAAUUAUUCCUACUUCCAAUGUCUUUUGCAAGUAUUUUAUUCUGUAUGACUCUUGCUUCUGUUAAAAUGUACAGUAUUGUGUAGGAUUUGAUAAGUAUUUUGUGAACAGUGUUGCUGCAAUCUGUUUCAGAAGAACCAAAACCUGUUUUUGUCUGGUGCAUAAUCGGCGAUAGCAAAUCUCAUUCAAGUGUCCAUUUUAGUCACUGGUUCUUAGGGCUUGUUUAUGAAAAAAAUGUUUGACAAUAACAUUUUUACUUAUUUACAAAAUAUGUGUAUAUAUAUAUUUUUUUACUUUACCAAAAAGAAAUUGCACUU